UUUCAAAGUGCCAAAAUUAAUGUGUUCAUUGUGUGGUCUUUGGUGCAGUCAGCUGCUCAGGGAGGCAAGGCGGCCAGUCACGCGUCAGGGGCACGGACAUCCCUGGAUCUUGCAUUGGACCUGCAGGCAUCGCAGACGCGGCUGCAGCUGCUGCAGCAGGACUUGGCCCGCCUCAGGGAGAUGAAGAGACGCCUCGAGGACACGAAAGCGAGAGGUGAGACUGAGAUACCUUCCUGGUUGGCCGAUGAUGAACGGUUGCGACAAGUACUGGCAGCAGCAGACCGCCAGGCCUCAAAGCAGACAGUGGAGGAGAAGAAGACAGAAAAGUUGCUCAAGAAAACUUCUCGGGAGAUAUACAGGUUGCGCAAAAGUCGCAAGAAACAACCUGACAUGUCGUUUUUCAAAGAAAAAAUGGCCUUCUUCACGCGGGCCCAGUCCACCGUCCCGGUGCUUCCUCCCGAGGCCGACAUCGCCGAGGAGGAAGGGGCGUGCACUCCGGGAAUGCCAACCGCUGCGUCCACCCCACAGCGCUACGAGUACACCGUAGAUCCCGUGUUGGGCGUGCAGGUGUGACGCCAAGACACCCAAGUGCCUCGAGUCUAUAAAGGCGACACACCGCCACGCUACACGCUGAAACAUCUAUCAAAGUACGGCCUCGCAUGAGGAGCAAGUCUCUCACGGGGCCAGCCAGCCAUCGGCCGACCACCAGAGCCGAGCGCCUGAAACCCGAGCGUCCCUUCGGAGCUUGUGUACGUACCUGAGACCACCUCAAACACCGUAGCCGCCGCGCCGACCAUGGCUGCCACUCUAUGCCCGAGCCAAGGUCAAGCCGUAGCCAGGCGGUGCCCAGCCUGCGCCCCGGUGUAACGGUUUCGGUCACGGACACUUACGAAGCACUGCUGCCCACCAACACACGUCUUACCUCUUUGCCGCAGAAGUGCCUUACAGUUCUGUGCCUACUGUAAAUUAUUUGGAUACAUUUUUUUUUUUCUUGUGAUAAAGUACAAAAAGGGAUUGAUGCUGUUGGCCUUACGAUGUACAGGAAGGAGCUAUGUGUAACAUCACCACUAUUUUGGACUGUUUUUACAUUGCUCCAUUCGGCCUCCCGCACCAAGACAUCUGUGCCUGGGGAAACAACACCCUCUACUUUUUGGACAAUAAAGGUAGAAUGCUGUCG